AUGAGACACGCCGAGUGUGGGCCCCGGGAGGUAGCGGAGCCCGCUGCCCAAGAAGGCAGGGCUGCGUCCAAGAUUCCCAAGCCUCCGGUGCAGCCAGCAGCCAGGCAUCGGGACUUUCUAAAGCUCCCAGGUGACUCUCACCGGCAGCCAGGGUUGAGGAUUGCUGGCCUAAAGAGCCGUCAGGAGGGAAGGCACGCACCCACCCAGGGAGCACCCAGAGGCUCUGGAGUGGAGGUGGCCUCGCUCAAGGAAGUUCUUGCUCGCCUGGCUGAGGGCCCCACGCGGCAGAGGCAUGAGAGUCCUGCCGCUGCUCUGCUUGGCCGCGCUAGCCACCAGCAGCUCCGCGAAGCAGGAGAAAGACUGGUCAGGAGGAGCGGGCACAUCCACAUGCAGCAGACUCGGAACCCUGGGCAGCCAGCCAACUUCUCCUUCCCACUGAACCAGACGUCGGACUGGUUCCGGUGCCAGGCUGAAAACGACGUCAGCGUCCAGCACACUCCCUUCACACUGGUGCCCCCAGGAGAGCUGCCCCAGGGACCCACCUUCGUGCUGGCUGGCUGCCUCAUCUCCGUCAUAGCCAUCUUUUCUUGGAAACUGAGCUGGACCAAGCAGAUCAGAUGCUAAAAACCACCACCAAACGGAAGAAAUUAACUACUUGAUGAUCAUGAGCUCGUAGCCCAGGGGCCUUCUGGUGCCUAAAGAUUGAUAAUGUUAACCUCUGUGACACCAACCAAUCAGAGAAUUGAUCACAUACCCUGCGACUCCCCUCCCUCACCUGGCCUAUAAAAAUGCUUUGCUGAAAGCCUUCGAGGAGUUCUGAAUUUUGGGGGGCAUGAGCGCCCCGCCCCGUUCUCCUUGCAUGGCCCCACAAUAAAACUUUCUCUGCUCCAAA